CAAAUUCUCCGGCUGCUGGUUCUCAUCAGACUUCUCCGGAAUGGGCCGUCGCCAUCUUCUCUACCUUCUCUACACCUCUUCCGUAAGGCCGCCGGCCUCCACUCCUUACUUCAUCUCGCCUCCGCCCUUUCUUCUUCGUAAGGGAUACAGCCAAGAAAGUAGUAGCAAAGGAAAGCAUGACGACGAGACAAUAAAUCAUGAGAGAGCACCGUCGACGUUAGAGGAGUUCAAAAGGCUGGAGGAAGACAAGGCAAAUCAAGGAGUUGCAAGUCAGACGGUGGAGAAGGCGGAAGAUGGUGCCAUUGAAGCAACCAUCGGCGACCGCAACUUCGAGUCCGUCAAGGAAAGUUUCAAGGAGAAUGUCGUGAGGGAGAAUGUCGGUGUCGGUGAUUUCCGUAGGACCGGAGAAGAAUGAAUGAUGGCGUCUUUAUUUAGCAGCUAGAGAAAGAUGGAGAACAACACUUCUUUCAUGUACAAAAGUUGAGACAAUGUAUAUGGUUUUGUCGUGGUUUCCGUACCAAAGUUCUGGGCUUGGGAAAAUAUAAUAACCAUGUCUCGUGCGUUACUUUUU